ACGCACGCGCAGCAUUAUCCUCCCGAAUCUCACUCCACCUCCUCUCCGGAUCCCCCCGCCCGCCUCCACCGAACCCCCCGCGGCGCCGCCGGCGAGAUGCCGCCGGCGAGACGCCCGAGGGAGCCGCUCUCCCUCUCGCUCCCGGGCGCCGGCGGCCGCUCGCAGGACUUCCCCUCGCUCUUCUCCGACCUCACCUCGCUCCUCCUCCACCACUCCCCCGCCGCCGCCGCCACCCCCCACGGCCGCGCCCCGGUCUUCUCCUCCUCCACGCUCUCCAUCCCCGCCCCCGCCGCCCCGGCGCAGGCGCAGGCGCAGUCCCAGCCGCAGGCGCCGACGCCGCUGGAGCGGGCGGCCAUCGGGGCGUGCGCGGGGGCGGCGGCGGGGGCCUUCACCUACGCGGCGCUGCUGCCGCUCGACGCCGUCAAGACGCGGCUCCAGGCGGGGGCCGCCUCGCGCGGCUCCUGGCAGGUGUUCGCCGACAUCCUCCGCGCCGACGGCCCCCUCGGCCUCUACCGGGGCCUCUCCGCCGUCAUCCUCGGCUCCGCCACCUCCUCCGCCAUCUACUUCGGCACCUGCGAGCUCGCCAAGUCGCUGCUGCGCCCGCACCUCCCCCCGUUCCUCGUGCCCCCGCUCGCCGGCGCCAGCGGCAACAUCUCCUCCUCGGCCAUCAUGGUGCCCAAGGAGCUCAUCACGCAGCGCCUCCAGUCGGGCGCCGCCACGGGCCGCUCCUGGCAGGUGCUGCUCCAGAUCCUCCAGGCCGACGGCUUCUUCGGCCUCUACACGGGGUACGCAGCCACCCUGCUCCGGAACCUCCCCGCCGGCGUGCUCAGCUACUCCUCCUUCGAGUACCUCAAGGCCUUCGCCCUCAGCAAGAGCAACGCCGCCAACCUGACGCCGGGGGAGAGCGUGCUGUGCGGCGCGCUCGCCGGCGCGAUAUCCGCGGGGCUCACCACCCCGCUCGACGUUGUCAAGACCCGGCUGAUGACCAGGGUGGGCGCCGCCCAGGGGAGCCGCACGGUGGUGGGCACCAUGCAGGAGGUCAUCGCCGAGGAAGGCCUGAUGGGUCUGUCCCGGGGGAUCGGACCGAGGGUCCUGCACAGCGCCUGCUUCGCUGCGAUUGGCUACUGCGCCUUCGAGACGGCCAGGCUCAUGAUCCUCAAGUCAUACCUUGAAUCGUGCGAGAGGAAGGCCGCUGCCGAGACCAAGACCGGAGUUGCCGCUGCCUGAGUGUGUAUGAUUCCUUUCCUUCUUUCAGGAAGGCACUUCUUGUAGGAGAAAUCUGUAGGAGGGCCAUCUGAGGAUGCGACGUACAAGCACCUGGAGCUAUGGAACUUUUGAUGCUUAGCAACCUGCAAGCAGGGGAAGAAAUUUCAUCAAGUUUCAAUUUUGGGUUUUGGUUCUUGUGAUGCAUCGGAAGACUGAAAGAAAGCUUGAUGCCAUCCCUGCAAAGUAUGGGAAUAGAUGGACUGCGAGUAAGGAUUACGAACAUAGAGAAGAAGCCACUUGUGGUCUACAAGAGAAGGUUUGUGGAGGCAUCCUAAAGAAUGGAGAAAAAAGUCAGGAGUGACGGUGAAACGAAGGAAAUUCUGAUGCAACCAAAAGUAUAUGAGUGAUGAGUCUCAAAAGGUACUUACCGGAGAGCACAUGAUUGUUUCAUCUAAAACAUUGUAAGCGCGGAGGCAGUUUGGUGGAACAGGGAGAUUGCUCAUCACAAAUCCAUCCUGAAGAAUAUAUCCCUUAGCAGCAAUCUGCCUUCUUGUUUUUUCAGAGAUCUUCUCCAUUAUUUUCUGAACCUAAGAAACAGAAGAACAAAAUGGUGGCUUUUGCCACAAGAGCAACAAGUCUCUGUCUAGUACUAGUACCUCUUCUGCGAAUAAACGACGGCAGUGAGAGCUGCCCUUCGUGUGAAAGCCAAAUUGAUCGAGGAAGCUCCAAAAUCCCUCUUCCAGUUCUUUCCUGGAUGGCACUCUCAGCUCCAAGCAGCAACUUUUUGGAAUUUUUUUUCAUCAUCGACGAUUCAGUUACGAUCUAUCUAGCAGUAGAUUCGGCUACCUUGAGAUUUUCUCGGAGAAUUAGAGUGAGCUACAUAUGAAUGUGCAUAUUAUGCAUACCAACCCGACCUUACUAAUGCAACUUAAAGGAGACUUGAACAGUUUGAUCUCCUUCAUCAGUUAUCACUUAAUUACCUGACAGUAUGAACAUGAGGGUUUAAUUUCUGCAUGUACCUUGCAGUUCUUGAACUGGAGGCAGCUGAAGCAGAUCAUGUUGAGUAUCUUCGUCAGCUCGGUGAUAUGGCUUGGGUGGUAGACGGACACGGGCAGCUUGAUGAACCCGAAAUGACCUUCAGCCAGCCAUGAGAAGACGAGUUAUGUCAGAAAAUAAUAAAUGAAGGUGGGCAGAAUCAAUGUCAUUACAACAAUCUCUUUGUCAGCUCAGUUCAGGAACACACUAUAAAUCAGUCGAGAUAAAUGCUGCGGCAUUGACUUUUAUCAACAAUGUCUUUGACAGUGUACAACAGUAAACUGAACGGCCAGGUGGAAUGAGAUGCUGUUAUUUCAGCCGAGUUUUUGGAGUAUUGCCGAAAGCUUAGGAACAGGAGAUACCUAUCCUAUCAGUUGAGACAAAUGCUGACGCAGAACUGAUUUUAGCAAGAAUACUCUGACAAUGUAUAAUACUCAAGUGAGUAGUCAGAUCAGCUGUUAUCAUAUCAAACUAUUUGUGUUUCAACAGAGUGAUCUUGCCUACUGUAGGAUUAUCACACACUGAACUAGGCAACUAGCUAGCCCACUAAGAAGUUUUAUCUGCAUGUUUGUAGACGUGAAGUGGCACUAUUCAUCGCUAAAUUAAAGGGGCACACCACUGUUCGUAGGAACCUAGAAAAUCAGGUAUAAAACAGAGAGGAGCCAGUGAGUCACCUUCACACUUGGCGAGGUCGGUGGCGCCGCAGGAGUCGCAGUGGCCGAGCUGCAGCGGCAGGCCCAGCGCCGGGUUCCCGGCCAGCUGGCUCGGGUGCGUCACCGGGAACUCCUCCUUCAUCGGCUGCGCCUUCACCUGCAAUGCAUGCGACCAUCAAUGUGGUUAGUUAAUCACCUGCUGUUCUGCUAUGAAGAAGGAGGGGGAGGAGACGACGAAGAGGCCAUGAUUGGUUGGAGUGAAAGAGGAGAAGAAAUGCUUGGCAAUUACGUACGAUCUCCUGGUUUGAGGCGACGGCGAGCCUGAUGCUGGUGACGGUGCCCUCCGCGACGAACGCAGGGUCAUCGCCGGCCUCCAUUGCCGUCUCCAUCGCCGGUGCUGUGGGCGAGCUGCACCGGUGGAUGGAUCGAUUGGAAGAGAGUUGAGUGAGAGUGAGGGAGCGAGGGAGCUGGGUUGUGAGGGAGCUGGGUUGAGAGCUAGCCAUCUUUCACUCACUGACCAUGACCAGCACCCAACUGCAGUAGCACGCGUUAAGUGUAUGUCUCCUAAUAUUUAAAAGAAAAGAAAAGGUGCCCCUGCAAAAAAUGAGACCCAAAAGUGCUGUCUGUUUCUCUUCUAGUUUCUUCCAUCUGUUUAUCUGGUUCUCAAUGAUCUCGAUUCUUCUUCU